UUGACAAAAUUACAGAAAUGUAAAAUCGGAAAGACAAAAUAAUCAAUCCAGACAAUAUUGUGUAUUGAUUAAGACACAAAAAUCUAACUUAAAGAUAGUUUUAAAACAGUGAGAUAGAUGAAUUAGGUCUAAACUUAUUAGUUCAAGUAAAAUCAGGCCUUCUUUCCGGUAUAUAUAUAUAGCAUUAGAUUCACUGGAGAAUCUAAUUUGAAAUGGAGUAUACUGUGCAGAAUUUGGAAUACGCCGUUUCUGUAUUCUAUAACGGAGAACAAACCGAAAGGGCCAACGCACAUGCGUGGCUCACAACGGCUCAGAGAGUUCCCGAAGCCUGGAAUUUUGUAUGGGAUCUUCUUCAGCCAACUAAAGGAACAGAGGUCCAAUUUUACGCAUCAACAACACUUCAUACAAAAAUCCUAAGAUGUUGGAAUGAGGUCCCACCUGAGAGCUAUGAAGAACUGGGAAAUAAAUUACUACAGGCUGUGUUUACAUAUUCAAAUGGACCAAAAAUUGUUACUAAUAGAUUAUGUAUAAGUCUGGCAGCAUUCAUUUUGCAACAGGGAACAGUGGACUUAGCAACUAUUUUGAGACCAUUAUCUAAUGUUGAGAAUACAAGUCUGCUUCUUGAAGUUCUUACUGUAAUACCCGAAGAAUUUAAUAGUAUGACUAUGGCGUUAGAAUUGCGUACGAAGAAUCGUAUCGCUCUACAACAAGCUUGUCCUGCGGUUUUGGACGAUAUGCUAAGAUAUCUGCAAACUGUUUAUAAUGAUUUUCAAGAGCAACCCUCAGCUGAUUUAAUACAAACGUGGACAACGGCAGCUAGUUGCGCCUGUAGCUGGCUCACGCUGGACGGCGAGGAUGCGGCUGAUAACGUCGUGCUCGCUGACCGCAUGCCUCUGUGUCGGGCACUGCUCACAGUCGUACAUGUUCUGUACACGUGGAACGACGCUGUGAGCGACAGUUCGCUGGAGGCGUGCGAGGCCAGCCUGGCGGCGCUGCGGGAGGCGGGCGGCGCGCGGCACCGCCACACCGCGCUGCAACUCCUCGCCGACCUCGCCGCACUCACCGCGCCCAUCAUGCGCAAGGACGACGUGCCCAACUCCAUCAACGAGGAACUGUUAUUAGCGUUGAUAACGUGCUGCGUCGCGUUAGGCGAGACCCACGCCAAGGCUCUGGUGGAGGUGACGGAAACCAACGAUGCUUCGGAGAACGCGUGCGGCGCGCGACAACUCCUGGAUAUCCUGCUGGCGGCGCAGGCGGCACCGGGACAUUAUCCCGUACACGAGACCAGGUCUAACCUUGUAUUCGGAUUCUGGUAUACGUUACAGGACGAAGUACUCCACAUUAUAGAUGACACGAAGGUGAUUCAUCCGGUCUGGAAGGAGGUUUUCUCGCGUCUCCUGCUGGCCCUGGUCACCAAGUCCGAAGCUGCUCCGGAAAAUAAUUUAUCUAAAGACGACCUUGAACUGCUCAGGUGUUAUCGGCAGGAUAUCGCUGAUACUGUGAUGUACUGUUUCGCUAUACUCGGCGACUGGUGCUGGAGCACUGUGGAGAGCGCGUUCAACUCGGCCGAGACGGAUUCACGUCGCGAAGCCGCCCUGCACAUAUUCCUGUCGUUGGCGGACGCCGCGCCCUACGAACGGGCCCCCGACGCCCUGUUCAACAUGCUGGAACAUGCCGUCAACAUCGCCAACACUUCGACCGACAAUAGGAUGUUAAACACUGCCUUGGACUGUCUCGGCGGGUACGCGUCGUGGCUGAGUUCGGUGUCGGGACAAGAGCGCUGUGCAGCCCUGGGGCUCUCCAGCGUGAUGGCCGCCGGCGCCGCCCUGCAGCGGUGCGUGGCCCCCGCCGCCCUCGCCCUGCGCAAGCUGUGCGCCGACUGCAGUGCGCCCGCGGCCGACCUCGCGCCCGACAUAGUGCACGCCGCGCGGAGCACAGGCGGCCGUAGCGACGGCUGGGUGCGGCGCCAGCUGUGCGGCGCUGCGGGCGCGGCACUAGCGGCGGCGCCGCCUCUACUGGCUGCCCCGCUGUUGGAAGAUCUCGCACGCACGCUCCGGGAUGACAUCGCUAUGCAGAGACGCGACGUGAACCUGACGUGCUGCGCGGCGGAGUGCGCGGCCGUGGUGAUGGCGGCGCUAGCCCCCAGCCCCGCGCUGGCCGCACAACUGUUCCGCAUCAUCGCCCCCACCCUGCCGCCGCUGGCACAACACGAGGCCCUCGUCGAAUAUUUAUUCACGAUACUAAAGCAGACGGUGUCAGCCCUAAUGGAAGAGUGCGUGCCGCUGGUCGCAGAAAUAGCGGAGCUGCUGAUGACCGGCUUCACUAACUUCAGUUGCGCUCCGGGACUGGACAUAGUGAAACUGCUGGUGUUGGUCGUGGGCGAGUGGUCGGGCUCGGCGGCGCUGGUGAGCAGCGUGGUGGCGACCAGCGUGCAAGAGCUGGCGCCGCAGCCCGCCGCCAGGCCGGACCUCUCCGACGGACUCUUCGCUAUGCUGAUGGCCCUCACUAAGAAAAAACCAGAAGUCCUCAACUGGAUCGAACAUUUGCUCCCUGAACUGGUCGACCUAGGCGGGAAUUCAAUCCGCGUGUGGGCGCCGGGCGCGGUGCGGUCGGUGUGCGGCUGGCUGUCGGCGCUCUGUGUCGCGCGGCCGCGGGCUGCGCACGCGCGCGGUGCCGCCCUCACGCACGCCCUGCUGAUCUGUAUCGGCGGCGUGAUGCCUCGCAACCAAGUGAUGCCCGUAUCAGACCUGCUGCUGUCGAUGAACCGUGCGGAUUGGGGGGAGGAGGAAGAAAAGCUGGAGACGUGGCUGCGAACAUCACUGGCGCCCUCGGAUUUCCCCACGCCACACGCCACACACGCACACAAACAGAAAUUCAUAGCCGGCGUGCUCAGAGAACGAACCAGUAAGCGCAGGAUACUCGAAGUGGUGCAGGAGUUCUCGCUGGCGUGUCGAGGACUCAUCGGCACCGAGUACUCGCGGCAGGCGAUCGCCUCCAGAAGUCUAGUCUCUUAA